AUGUCUGAGGUUGGAAUCAAACUCGAAGUCACUGGCUUGCCAGAGUUUGUUGUUCCCAGGUUGCGAGAUCUUCUCAGAGACUACCUGACCAACUCCGGCGACUCUGACAUCAAUCCUUCAGAGCCUGGAUCGCGCUCUCUGAAGGUGAAACUAAAAAUCGCCGGGGAUAGAUCACAGAAUACUAUCCGCGUCAUCGAAAAGGAAAAGAAGUUGAUAAGGUCACACCGGGUGACGGGCUACAUCAACUCAGUUUGCGAACGGUUUCAAGAACUGCUUGCAUUAUACUUUCCGUAUGAUGAGGAUGACUUCGACUAUGAGAGGCGGGCCACUUUGACUUUAAAGGUCAUUAUGAAGCCGUUACAUGGAAACACAAAUGGCCUUGCCAAGUCCUAUGUGGUGAGUUUUCCAGCUGUCUUGGAAGAGUGUACUUCUAAGCAAGUUUCUGGAACAGGAAAUUAA